UGAAUAUCAAGAAAUGAUUAAGAGAAAGCUGAAAAUAUGCGUGGAAUAUCAUAUCCAAAUAAUAAGAUUAACUGAAGAGUUAUUUGGGGAUAAACAUGCUCCAGCUCCCUUCAUGUCUAUUUCAAUUUCCGGAAUACUCGUUGCUGCUUCAAGUAUCUGUUUCCUGAAAUAUGAUAUAAGUCCACAAGAUAACUUCCGCAUAGUUAUGGCCCUACUAACAGCAUUAGUAGUCUGUAUUUCAUUUUGCAUAUCAGGGCAGCUGCUGAGUGAUCAGUGCAAUGAAUUUCAUCAACAACUAUCAUGCUGUCAAUGGAUAUACUGGAAUAAACAAAAUAGAACUAGCCUUAUCAUUCUACUUGCUGCCACUGCAAAUCCUUUGAAAGUGUCCUUUCUGGGACUGUUGGAUCUCAACAAUAGUUAUAUGUUAACGAUAUUCAGAGCGUCUUACAGUUUAUUAGCCGUAGCCAGACAAAUGGAAUAA